UCAUCAAAGUCAAAAUUAAUUUUUGUAGAAAGUUUCCAUUGAAGAUUUUUAGAAAUAAAUCCGUAAAGAAGGCUUCAGCUUUCAGGUUAUUGCGUCGUAGUGUUUUUACUUUCAACGCAUGAUCAAAGUUCCAAGAUCCAAGCCAAGUGGGGUGUACGCAUUCUGUUAUUUCUGUUGUAUUUUGUAAACAUGGAAGAAUAGUUUCUUUGUUGUUGAAGGUGAUAGGAAAUUUCUAUUAUUUAACUUUGACGCAAACUAAAGUAUUUCUUCUCUUGAUAUUGAUCGAAUAUUCAAAAAUGUCUUCUAAAAAGAAGGACCUUGAAAUUAUUUUCAAUUUACAAUGGAAAAAUGGACCUAAAGUAGCUGAAAGGUCCAACAUGGUCGGAGUUUAUGAUAUACCCUCUACGACUUUGAACUGGGAACUAUUUAAGUCUUAUAUAUUGAAAAAUUCUGGUACUCCUGGCGAUGACGUAGAAGUAUCCUACUUGGAACAUGGCAAAGAAUUUCCAAUAGAAUCGACUUUAGAUUUUCAUACAGCUUUGUAUUCCUUCCGUAAGAAAGCUAUGAAUGGUGAAAUAAUUAAUCUCAGGUUGGAGAGUCUAUCUAAUUGCUAUAAAUCUAACAAAUAUUCACCUACAUGUGAUGCACAAACUGAAUGUAGCUCUAGCUAUGAGAUGGAGAGAGCUCCUGGAUGGUUUGUUGACUAUAUGACGGAGUUUAAAAAAGAAAUACUAAAUGAGGUAGCCUCAGCAAUUACCACGCAUGCUGCGGUGUUAAGAACAAGCUUUUCUCAUUCUCAUUAUCCAAGAAAAUCUAAAACCGAAUGUGCUAAGAGAUCUAGGAAGAAUCAUCAUCAUGAUGGAAAUGAAAAAGAGGUCUUGAAAACAAUAAAGAUGGAAAAUAAAUUGCAAUCCAAAAUGGAAAAAUUAGUUAACAAAUCUAAGAAAUUAGAGAAAAAAAAAAUUUCACUGAUAACCAAAUCAAGUGAUAGUGAUGCUGGUCAUAGUAGUAGCAAGAGUAAUUCUGAGACAAUGUCUACAGUUGAUGUCAGCAAGAUGAAUGCUACACCAAUGCGUUCUGAAGCCAUCAUACCCCAUUUGAUGGGUGGUGAAGAGUAUCCUCAUUGUUGGAAAGUAAUCAACAAUGGUGCAGAUGCAUGGACUGAAGAAACUGAACUACAUUUUUCAUGGGGUUCGUCGUUGUUGGAACCUAUUCAGAGAGUUUUACCCUGUCCUCAUCUCAAACCCGGGGAUGUUGGUAUUAUUGAAGCAUUGAUACGUGUCCCAAAAAUUUGUGGAAAGUACGAAAUGUAUUGGCACUUCCAUCACAAAGGGCGCAAAUUUGGUCAUUGGCUGGGCUGUCAAAUUAUUGUUGACAAAAUAAAUUCAUCCUCAUUUUUUAAUAGUCUCUCAUCAAGACACAUUACAACACCUUCUUCGACAUCAAAGGGCCAAACAGAUUUAAAAACUUCUGGUUCUUCCCAAAAUAUUGAUUUGUCAACAAUCCAGUUACUAGAUGAGAUUUUUGCUAAUACUAGGGCACGCCAAUCAAAAGUCCCUGGUCCCAAAUUCGAGAUAACAUCUUCUUCGAUAUCAAGUUCAGAUUCAAAAACUUCUGGUUCUUUAGAAAACAGAAGUGAUUCGACACUAAAAGAUCAACAUUGUGAAACAAGCACAAUACUUGAUAAUAUUAAUGAUCCAAGUAUGUCAUCAAAAGGCCAUUCAGAUGCCAAAACUUCUGCUUCAAAAUACGAUAUACCAUCUUCUUCAACAUCAAAAGGCCAAUCAGAUUUCAAAACUUCUGGUUCUUUAGAAAACAGACAUAUUUUGACAGUAAAAGAGGAAUUAAAUGAAUCAAGCCAAAUACUCAAUAAGAUUAUCGACGGAUAUUAUGAGAGACCAAAAGGCCAAUCAAGCCAAUCAGAGAUCAAAACUUCUGGUUCAAAAUACGAUAUACCAUCUUCUUCAACAUCAAACGGCCAAUCAGAUUUCAAAACUUCUGGUUCUUUAGAAAACAGGUGUAAUUGUACAGUAAUAGAUCAAAUGGUAAAUAAUAAAGGAAUCCCAAACAUAGAUGAUAUUCUUACCGAAAAAAUGAAAGAAUGGCAGAUAUCAAAAAAAUAUACAGUUCCUCUUACAGUUCCUCUUACGGCAUUUAGUAAGGACAAAUUAAAGCCUGAGAUAGAAGAACUGAUAAUCAAUAAAAGUCCUUCUAAAAUCCAAAUUAUAGAGAAUUAUUUCAACGAGAACAAUUCUUCAGUGAAAUCGAAUAAGGUCGUCAAUUCUGCAGAAUUUGUCGCAAAUAACAAUUCCAGUACUACUAAAAUUGAUGCAGAAGAGGAUAGAGAUUCUCAUAGUGAAUCCAUCAGUAAAAUAGAUGAAGACACAAGUUCCAAUUCGACUUUGAAUGAUAUGGUUUUGCUUAACUUUCCAGAAGAAGUAGAAGAGCAGGAAGUUUUAGAAGAAGGUGGAGAUUAUCACAGUGAAUCUAUCAGUAGAAUUGAAGAAGAUACAACCUCCAUUUCGAGCUCAAAUAAUCUGGUAAUAGUUGAUUUACCAGAUGAACUGGAACAGCCGGAAACUUUAGGAUAUGCUUAUGUAGUAAUUGACGGCAUCAAAAUGCCUGUUCCAAAAAAAUUUUUGAGAGAGGAUUUUCUGGAAACUGCUGAAGAAGCACCAGAACCAAAAAAAAAUGAUGAUUGCUAUAGAGCAACUAUGGAAAGGUUCUUGGAAAUGAAAUAUGAUGCCACAGAUAAUUGUGAACACAACAAAAGUAUUCCUGAUAACGAAAAUUAUGAUGACAUACCAGAUUUAGUACCUUCACAUCAUGUUGACAAUUCAACAAAUAUUUCUUCAGAGAAAAAAACUUCGCCUUUUGAACAACUUUCUAACCCUUUACAUAGUUAUUCAGAAAGUGAUGUAAUGAAUAAUGAAAUGAAGGUAUUCGAAGAUUCAGACUUAGAUGAAGAAUAUCAGACAACUCAAAAUGUUGAAAAGCAGAAACAGAUAACUUCAAAUUCAUCAGUGUCGAUCAAUCCAUUCCACCAGAAUCGGUCUUUCCUUGAAGAGAAGGAAGCAUUAAAUCCAACUGCUAAUGAAUAUAGAGGAAACGUUAAUAUCUAUCCAAUAAUUUAUUCAAAUGAUUCGCAUCCCCGUGUUCCCAAUUAUCAGCAGACACCACCUGAGUUGAGACCAAAGCCCAUUGAACAGGAAUAUCCAGCAGAAAACAGCCGAAUUACUUAUACAUCAAAUCCUGAAGUGAUCAAUAUCAAUGCUUUUAGAAACGAUGCUGUUCCUGAAUCUCGAGAUGGAAAAAUUGAUCCUUCAUGCAGUUUUCCUCAUGCAGUCCUGGUACCUCAAGUUCCAACUGUACCAAUUUCAUCAGUGGUGAUGUCUAUGGCAUCCUCUGCUCUGAGAACAGUGGUAGAUAAGAUUAUUCCUUCCAAAAACGAACAAGAGCCCACUGCAGAGAAUAGUAUUCGGGAAAAUAAUUUGAAAAUAUUAGCAGAUAUGGGAUUCGAGCAAAGGGAUCUCAAUGCUACUUUAUUGGCAAGAUAUGAUGAUGAUAUGAGGCGUGUUGUAGCAGAACUUGUACAGUAAGGUGCAUUGAAAGUGAUAUUUUGAUGGAAAUUUAAAUUUAAAAUAAAGUAUCUAGUUUGUGAGGUUCUGUAGUAAAUGGAUUUUAAAUAAAUCCAAUUUAUUUAGAUUUAAGGUUAUUUAUAAUCAAAAAAAGGAUUGUAAUAUUAAAUGAAGAUGUAUAACAGUUUCAUCUAUUUGAAUAUUAAACUACAAGUAAAUCUUCA